AGAGAGAGGGAGGGAGAGUGACGAUAAAACUCCACUGUGAGCACUCCUGUAAGCUCAGUCACAGAGAGCAACAGAGAAGGAGAGAGAGUGAGAGUGUGUAACGAGGCAAGCAAGCAAAAGGGACUUACCACACACACUGACACACACACACAGGCAGACAAACAGGGCUCUCUGAGGUGAAAUUGCACAUGUUUUUGUCACCCCAGAGCAGACGGACUGGGUUGAUGAAUGAGCAGUAGUGAGUUAUGUACAGCUGGGUGUACUGGACAGCAGAGACUGUGUUGCUAAUAACCCUCAAAGUGUUUUUAACACCACUUUGAAGUUUUCUCUCUGGAUCUGCUGCUGCGGGGGACCAAUUUUAUACCCUUUAAGGAGAAAAGAAGAAGGAAGGCCAAAGGCUAACAAAAUUGGACCAUCUCCAACUCCCCUUGGACUUUUUUUCCUUCUCUGUCUACUCCUGAGGGAAGCACGUGUGAGGAGGACUGAGGGAUUGAAUGCCAAGCAGUAUUCUCUGAAGAAAAUCCCAACUAUUAUUGGACUUCCACUUCAACCAACUAUCGAAAUACUAUGAGGAAGAUCCAUUGCUCAGUGUGAGAGAAAGAGCAAGAAAGAGGGUGAUAAAGAACUCUACCAUCCACUUCUACCCAAGGCUUCCCUCCCUCCCCCAGCUUCAAACACCCCUCCUCUCUGCCUCUCUCUCCUUUGCCCCCUGCAUCCCCCUCAUCCCCCCCACAGAGCAGAAAGCGUGAAAAAUCUCACUAAUGGGUUUAUUUGCUGUCAGAUCUGUGCCGAUCUGUCAUUCCCCCGGACCACAUUUCAUAGUUGAGUAAGCCGCCUGGCUUUCUGGCUAGAGUUAGCUUUGCUCCAGCUCCAGCAACACACUGCUGUCUGGCUCAAAGAUCAUCAGGAAGAGAGCAGCCAAACCAGGAGUCAGAGUUGUUGUAGUCCAAUCAUCUUGGUUGGGGUCCUUGCAUUUUUGUAACCUGGCAAUAACUUUAUACUUCCCAAUCGUUGGACAGUUUGGACAGACCACUGGGCCAGUUGAUCGAAGUUUCAGGGAUCUUUGGGUUGAUUUAGUGUUUGUUGAAGAUGUGGUGUGGGCCGCUGGCCGUGCUGGCUGUGGUGUUCUGGACCCAGUUUGUCCUGCUGGAAGGGGUGGAUGCCAAGAAGGAGAGGAAGAGGACGCAGGAGACCCCCCCACAGCACACAGAGGCAUAUAACACUACCCUCUCCAACAGCGAAGAGGUUGGCGGGAGCACCAAGAAUCCUGACAACCAGAGAGUGGAUCCCCUGGGAUCAUGGAUGGACUUUGUGAAACGACCUGUAGGCAACUUCCCUGGGAAGUGCCGCAAACGCAAAAGGCCACUGCCCGGGCCACCAGGUCCUCCUGGCCCCCCAGGCCCCCAGGGACCACCUGGAUCCCCCGGGGCAGAGGUCACCCAGGAAGUCCUCCUCCAGGAGUUCAAAAAGAUGAUAAAAGCUACAGAGAGGAGAACUGCUGCAGUGGACAGACAGUCCAGUACCAGUCCUAGUCAGAUACCCACGGCCCACAUCGCCCUGGAAAGAAUGACCUCUUACAGGAGGAUAGAGGAAGCCUUCCACUGUAAACUCAAAGGACCUGUGGUUAUCGACAAGAAGACACUGAUGGAGUUACAGAACUUUCAGACGCCUCUUGCUAAAGGUGCCUUCCUCAGAGGGACAGGAAUGGACCAAUCCACAGGACGAUUCACGGCUCCCGUCACAGGGAUCUACCAGUUCUCUGCUAAUGUUCAUAUCGACCACAAUGAGGUGAAGAGGAGUAAGAGUCAGCUGAGAGCCAGGGACAAUGUGCGAGUGCUGAUCUGCAUCGAAUCCCUGUGUCAUCGAUAUACGUCAUUAGAGAUGAUUGUUGGAUUGGAAAGUAACAGCAAGAUCUUCACAGUGAAUGUGCAAGGGUUACUAGAGCUACAGGUUGGACAGUACACCUCAAUAUUUGUGGACAAUGGAGCUGGGGCAUCCAUCAUAAUACAGAAUGGCUCUGACUUCAUGGGAAUGUUGCUGGGUGUAUAGCCUUACGUCCUGGCCUUGGAGCUGGGGGUAUACCUUACCUCUUCCCAUUGGACACCAGGGCCCUGGCCACGCAAGGCAUCUGUAUCUAAUUGGACUACUAACAGACGCUAUUGGCCUAUCACCAUCCAUGGAGGAGAAAGGACAGUUUUGAAAGCUUUAGGACUGUGUCUCUCCACAGACACCAUGAAAGCAAGCACUCCCGUGGGCCAAGAAAGACAUUAAGUACAUUCCAACAGACAAAUCCUAAUAGACAAGACUUCAAAUCACUCAAUGAAAGGUUUUUAUUUGAAAGGUUUUUAUGUCAAUCUAUUCAUUUGUAUGGCAGUAAGUAAGUACAGUACAUAGACCUGUGAGUGUGUAUAUACACUGGAUGAUGCAAAGAUGCUCAGAUGCAUCGUAUGGGUGUCAAACGUUUCAGCUAAGGUUGCAAAAUUCCAGGAAAAAACAGGGAAUUUUGGGGAAAAUUGGCCUCUGUAUAAUAUUCCGUGGGCAGAUUCUGCGUGUAGACUGAGAGAAUCUGGUAGGACUGAACGAGAUGCAUGAGAGCAACAUUAGUUCCGGUUUUGGGGUUUUCGUCACUGGUUAUUUGGACUUAUCAGGAUUGGGCGAAGGCGGUGCUUAAAAUGGAUCAGAAGGAGGGGGGAGGGGGGGGUCUUUGGCUGAGAGUUUCCUUUUGUGAGGGUGGAGACUUCAUUUUUGCCGUAACUCGCAAUUUCUAACACGUUAUGAACACAAAAGUUAAUCACGCAGCUGACCAAAUUUACACAACAUUUUACUUCUGGGUUAACAGAGAUUAGUUUCUGUCUGGAACUAUUUUGUGGGAUUCAAAUCCAAACGAACCAAUUUGGUUAGAGCAUUUAAAUGAAAUGCGAGUGUGUCGGCCAUUCUGUUUUAUACUGAUGUAUUUAAUAUACAGUUUUUCCAAGUUACGCUUACGCCAAAUGAUAUAACUGCCAUGGUCAAGCAGAAAAGAUGUUACAUAUUGUUUUAUAAAAUGCCAGUUGUUUCAGCAAAAGAGACCGAUCAUGUUAUCUAUUCAAUUAGAAAAUACUCACAUAUAGAUUUGUGUUGUGUAUAUCUAUACGUUUUUUUUCUCGCCAUAUAGUUGAUUACGUUUUCUGUAAAUUAUUAUAUUUAAUUAAUACACAUUGUUAAGAAUUGAAUUUGGACGUACAUGGAGUUUAUGUUCAAAUGUAACCACAAAUGGAUAUUCAUAUCUUUUCUUACCAUAGGGAUUCAUUUACAGGUUAUAUAGAGUUUCAAGACUAGCACAGAUUGGAGUACCGUUAUGUUUUAUACUGAUUUGCUUUUUAAGAACUAAUACAGUAUGAUAUAUUGUAAUGAGAUCAAAAUUAAACUAUGGUCAAAUAUUA